AUGCAUCUUACAGCAACCAUCGCCGCCGCUCUUCUCUGCGCAAGCGCACCACUCGCCCAAGCCUGCUCCCCAGGCUUCUCAUCGAACCGCGAUCUCUCCCCCGGCGACUUCGCCUGGCUCUUUGCAGACUACAGCGUUGACGACGUGUCCGGAUGUAGCAGCCGUUGCGCGCGCCAGUGCACCGCCCCGGGUAAGCAGUACGGCGCCUGCAUGGGCUGCGCGAGGUGGAAGGGUAACGCCCAAGGCAAGAUGGACCUCCCGCCCUGCAGCAAGCCCAUCACAACUGCAAAUGACGACGGCGAGUACGAGUGUCACGGGUACGGUGACGGCUUUUGGAACUGCAUUACGCCGUGCCCUCCCGGUUAUGAGUCCAAGGAUCUAGGCCGUGGUUAA